GAAGGUGUUCAUGACACAGCGUCUGCUAGAUGUUCACAUGUGUAAAAAACUGACAAAUUAAAGAGAAAAAAAUGAACUGAACUGAAUGAGAAGUACUAGGGAGUUGGAGGAUGAAUUGUUGUCAGCCGCCUUAUCUUCAGAUGGUGCCAUCCCAGUUGGUGCAACUUUAACAAUUGAUGAUGCGGCGGUCAGCUCAGGAAAAGGCGUGAGACCUGGUACCAGUGCCAGUUAUGGUACAACAGAUAUUGGUACAGUCCCUGUUGUUAAUGUCACUUUUAACAGUGCUGGUACAAUGGGGGCGACACCUGCAGCUCGUCCUAGCAAUGGUCCCAGUACAGUUAAGAAAACAAAAUGGAGGAGACGAAAACCAGAGCCAAAGAAAUUCAAAUGCGAAUAUUGUGAGAUGGCUUUCUCGACUAGUUCAGGUGUAAUAAUUCAUACACGAACUCAUACUGGUGAUAAACCUUUUAAAUGCUCAAUGUGUUCAAAGGCGUUUGCGCGGGAAGACAGUUUAAGAAAUCAUGUCAUGAUCCAUACCGGAGAGAAACCAAGUAAAUGUUCGAUCUGCGGGAAAAGCUUCAGAGAGAAGAAGUCAUUGAGAUAUCAUCUGCUGACACACAAGGAGUUGAUUCCUGCGAUAAACCGCAUUGUUGAGGAACAAAGUCAUGAAGCUGGAACGAUCAAUCCUAUUUACAAAUGCAGGAUUUGCCAGAAGGUGACUCGGGGGAUGGGAAAAUAUAAAAUACAUUUGAUUCGGCACAGAGAGUUGGCACCAGCCCUUCACAGUAUUAUGAAUGAACAAAAAACUGACCGGAAGAUUCGAGCUACAGUACCAAAGAAACAUAUACAAUGUUCUCUGUGUUUGAAAAUUUUUGAGAAGAACUCGCUUUUUAAAAUUCAUUUUCGUACCCAUACCGGUGAAAAACCAUUCCUGUGUUCAGUUUGCGGGAAGUCUUGUACAACAGAUGGCAGCCUUUCUAAACAUAUGCAAACUCACUUUGGAAUUGAGAGCUGUAAAACAAAGCAAUGUCCUUAUUGCGAUAAGGCUUUUAGAGAUGUGACUGGUUUGCGUGAACAUCAAAGGAUUCAUACAGGAGAGAUGCCAUAUACCUGUCAUCUUUGUGGAAAAUCGUUCAGAUUUAAAUCAAACCUUAAUGCCCACUUGCGCAUACAUAGGAAGUGAAUUUAAGAGGGAAAAAUGGGUUUUCAGUAGAUAAGAGUGUCCUUAAUAGAGAGGUGUCUGCUAAGGGAGGUUCCACUGUAAUUUACUUCGUUGCUGAAACUGACUAUUCUGUUUGUGAAAUUCUUCAUUGUUCAGUGUGACACAGGCAUUUUGUGAAUAGAUUGAGUAUAUUUGUAUCCGUGUAUUUGGUAGGUAGCCAUUAGGAAG